AUUCCGCAUUCACAAAUGGCAACGUCAUUUGAACCGGGAUCGACGGUGUGGGUCAAGACGCCAGAAACCUGGGCGGCGGCCACAGUUACCAGCAGCAGCGGAGGCAACUACGCCUUCAAGCUCCGAUCUGGCCAGGACUUCAAGCUCGAUGCCAAGAACGUUUCGCGCGACACUGUCAUGCCAAUGCAUCCGACGUCGGUGACAAGUGUCGAGGACAUGGCGACUCUUGCGGAUUUGCACGAAGGCGCCAUCUUGCACAACAUUGACCUGCGCUAUGCCAAAGAUCUCAUCUAUACGUACAUUGGAUCGAUUCUUUGCGCCGUCAACCCGUACAAGAAGAUUGACAUGUACGGCGACAAGCUGCUCAAGUCGUACAACAAGCGUGCGCUGGGCGAGCUGCCCCCGCACAUUUACGCCAUUGCCAACGAGGCCUACUAUGCGCUGUGGAAGACCAACCACCACCAAUGCGUGCUGAUCAGUGGUGAAUCCGGCGCUGGCAAGACGGAAUCCACCAAGCUCAUCCUCAAGUACUUGUCGACCAUGUCAAACGCAGAGUCCCUGGUCGAGAAGCAAAUUCUGGAAAGCUCGCCCAUCAUGGAGGCUUUCGGUAAUGCGAAGACGGUCUACAACAACAACUCUUCGCGUUUCGGCAAGUUUAUCAAAAUCCAAUUCUCGGAUCGCGGCGCCAUCGAGGGCGCCAAAAUUAUCGAUUACUUGCUGGAAAAGGGCCGCGUUGUGCGUCUCAACCCUGGCGAGCGCAACUACCACGUGUUUUACAAUCUUUUGACUGGCGGCUCCCGCGAGGAGAAGGCCUCGCUCCUUUUGACGUCCGCCGACAACUACCGCUACACCAAGAUGGGCGGUGUGCUCAGCGACCCGUCGAUCGAUGAUGUUGGCGAUUACAAGUCUGUUCGGUCCGCUAUGAUCACCAUGGGCUUCACCCCCGAGCAAUCGACCGACAUUUUCAAGGUCAUUGCCGGCAUUCUCCAUCUUGGCAACAUUGAGUUUGUCACUUCGGGCGGUGCGCAAGUGAAAAACCGAACCGACUUGGCGAACGCGUCCGCCAUGUUUGGCGUCGAUGACGGCCAGCUGGGCGAGAAUCUGACGUCCAAGACCAUCACCCUGCGUGGCGAGAGCAUUACCACGCCUCUGGACGGCGCCCAAGCGGAGGAAUCGCGCGACUCCCUCGCCAUGGCUCUGUACUCGCGUGUCUUCUCGUGGAUUAUCACCCGCAUCAACAAGACCAUCCAUGCCAAGGAGACCUUCCUGUCUGUUGGUGUCCUCGACAUUUUCGGCUUUGAAAACUUCCAAGUCAACUCGUUUGAGCAGUUCUGCAUCAACUAUGCCAACGAAAAGCUCCAGCAGUACUUCAACCGACACAUCUUUUCCCUUGAGCAGCUCGAGUACCAAAAGGAGAACAUUAGCUGGGCUGACAUUGACUGGGUGGACAACGCAGAGUGUCUCGAUCUGAUCGAGGCCAAGCUCGGUCUGCUGGCGCUGCUCGAUGAAGAGUCUCGCUUCCCCAAGGGCACGGACGAGACCUUGCUGCAAAAGUUCCACGAGCGUCACGAAAAGAACAAGUAUUACAUCAAGCCCCGCCUCGCCAAGACGUCGUACGGCAUCCGUCACUAUGCUGGCGAUGUGCAGUACGAGACUGCCGGCUUCCUCGAAAAGAACCGCGACAACUUCCGCGACGACCUUGUGCUGCUCUUGCAAGAGUCCAAGUCGGACUUUGUGUACGACCUCUUUGAGAAGGACGCUGUCGCCGACUCGUCCAAGGAGAACAAGGCUGGUGCUCGCAAAAAGCCGACCGUUAGCGCCCAAUUCAAGGACUCGCUGUCGUCGCUCAUGACUGCGCUGGGCGCCGCACACCCUUACUUUGUGCGCUGCGUCAAGCCCAACAUGAAGAAGGUGCCGGCGUCCUUCGAGGCGCCUGUCGUCCUCAACCAGCUGCGCUACUCUGGCAUGCUGGAGACGGUUCGCAUUCGCCGUGCCGGCUAUCCCGUCCGUCGUGUGUUUGACGACUUUUUGUACCGCUACCGCGUGCUGGGACGCGGCGUCAAGGCCCCGAACGACAUUGAAAAGUGCAAGGCAGUCCUCCGCAACUACGACCCUCAGGGCAAGGACUGGCAGAUCGGCAAGACGAAGGUGUUUUUGCGCGAGAGCCUCGAGAUUGUGCUCGAAAAGAAGCGCGAGGAUGAGCUUGCCGUCGUGCUGCGCAUCAUCAAGUCGCGCGUGUUGGGCUAUGCCAUUCGUCGCCGCUUCCUCAAGAUUCGUCGCGCCAUCGUCCUCAUCCAGAAGAACUACAAGGGCUUUUACGGCGCAAAGCAGUUCAAGCAAAAGCGCAAGGCAGCCGUGCACAUUCAAAAAAUCUACCGCGGCUAUCGCGCUCGCUUGCUGCGCGCGCGCUUGCUCGAGCAAAAGCGCAAGGAAGAGGAGCGCCGCCGCGAAGAAAUCCGUCGCAAGGAAGAGGAGCGUCGCAAGGAGAUGGAGCGUCUCCAGCGCGAGAACAAGACGCGCGAGCUCGAAGAACUCAAGCGCAAGGCCGACGAGGAGGCUCGCUUGGAGGCCGCAGAAGAAGAGCGCGCCCGUCAGGCCAACGAGGCGGAUGCUCAAAAGGCCAAAGCGCUCGAGGCCGAGCUCGAUGCCAAGCGCAAGAUCGAGGACGACAAGCGCAAGGCCGAGGAGGAAGCCAAGCGUCGCGCUCAAGCCGAUGUCAAGCGCAAGGCCGAGGCGGCCAAGCUUGCGGCCGAGCUCGACCUCGACGACGGGGGCGACGAAGAGGCCCAGGGCGGCAUUGACAAGGGCGCCGAGUCUGACGACGAAGAGGCCGAGUCGGAGGCCAUCGACGAGUACAAGGAGGGCUACAUGGUCAAGCAGGGUGGUCGAAUCAAGACCUGGAAGCGCCGCUGGUUUAUUCUGCGCGACGGCACCCUCGCCUACUUUAAGGGCAAGCAGGGCGAGUCGCAGAAGGCAGGCUGGCUCACCAAGCAGGGCGGCGCCGUCAAGUCCUGGAAGCUGCGCUGGAUGGUCCUGAAGGAUGGCAAGCUCUCCUACUUUAAGUCGGACGCCGAGCAAGAAGAGUGCCUGGGCACUGUGGACAUCCGCAAGGAUGUGUCGGGCAUUGAGGAGCCUGCCGCUGCCAAGUCCAAGUGCAAGAAGGACAAUGCCUUCGGCCUUAUUACGACCGAGCGCACCUACUACAUGUUUGCCGAAUCGGCUGAAGCGUGCGAGGAGUGGCUGGCCGAGUUGAAGGCGAUUCGCUCCAAGACGGAUGACGAGAUGAAGUCGCUCGAUUCCGCUCAGGUGGACUUCCGCAACGCCCAGGGCCAGGUGGACUUGGUGGACAUUCUGUCUGUUGGCUCCACCAACGACCCGACCCGACCCAACACGUUUGCCAUUGUGACGGCCAACCGCGUCUUCCAGAUGCAGGCCGAGACGCCGCAAGAGUACGCCGAGUGGAUUCGCGUUCUCACCCCGCGCAAGAAGCACGCUGGCGACUCUGACCAGGAGAUUCUCGAGAAGGGCUGGCUGGUGAAGGAAGGUGGCGCACGCAAGUCGCGCAAGAAGCGCUGGUUUACGUUGCGCAAGGAUGUCAUCUACUACCACAAGGACCCUUACACGGACGUGGCCAUUGGCACCAUCCCUCUCAACUCUCUGUGCUCUGUCGUGCCGCCUGACGAACUGGUCGGCCAGAACACAGGCUCGUGGUCGUUCUUUGUCCACGCCCGUCGCCGCUCGUACUACUUGGUGGCCGCCACCCAAGCGGACGCCACUCGCUGGGUCUCGGCCAUCCAGGAGAUUAUCGACUCGAAGGCACCCAUCGAGACGCAGACCGAAAAGCUCAUUGCCGAGCUCAAGACCGCCAAGGUGGCCGAUGUCGAUCGCAUCUACUCGUCCUACCCCAUCCUCACCUGUGGCAGCGAGCCGCUCAAGAGCUCGCUCCUGCCACUGCCGUACGGCGACCUCUCGCUUGACAAGACCGGGGCGCGCACGUACACGACGCUGUUCGAGGAGGCCAUGAAGAUUAGCCAGUACAUGGUCCAUCCCGAGUACAUUGUCAACCCGCUGCCCCUCAUCCAGUACAUUUUGCAAACGUGCUUUGAUUUGCCCAAGAUCCGCAACGAAGUGUACUGCCAGCUCAUCAAGCAGACCACGGACAAUGCCAACCCCAACAGCCAGAUUUCCAUUCGCAACUGGCAGAUUCUCACCGUGCUCGGCUGCUCGUUCUUGCCCGCGCGCAAGUACGUGCGAUUCCUGCGCUUCCACCUCAAGCGCUCGCUCGACCGCUACCCCAACACGGAGGUUGCCAAGUACGCUGCGUACUGCAUGGACUGCAUCCAGCAGACCAAGUACCGCGACUACCCGGCCUCGCAAGAAGAGAUUGUUGCCAUCCAGACGCAAAAGGAAUUGCUCAUCACCGUGCUGUGCCAAGGCGGCCGCACAUGCAAGGUUGCCAUCAACUCUUUCACGACUGCCGGCGAGGUCACGGAGCUGCUCAAGCGCAAGUUGAACAUGGAGCGCUGCAUCAACGGCUUUGGAUUGUACGAGCUCUCGGGCGAUGUUCAAAAGUCCAUUGAGGAGAAGACCAUUGUUGUCGACAUUUUGGGCAAGUGGGAAAAGUACAAGCGUGCCGGCUAUGUCCCCGGUGCCGACGGCUGGCGUCUUGUCUUUAAGCUGUUCUGUGUUCACGAGGUCCACACGCGCAAUCUCAGUCCGAUUGAGCUUGAGUUUGUCCAUGCUGCGGCUUGCGAGCAAGUCAUGGCGCGCCGCUUCCCUUGCGAUGAAAACCAACUCUUCAAGCUGUCUGCGCUGAUGAUGCAGUACGACAUGGGCGACAUGGAUCCGGGCAUUCAGUUUGACAAGCAAUGCACGGACUUCAAGAAGUACUACCCCAUGAAGGUUGAAAAUACCCUCGCCAAUUCUCCCAUCAGCCUUUCGGCCUUGAAGAACACGAUGACGGGCACGCUGCGCAAGAUCAAGUCGAACUUUGACGACUCGCAGUCCCAGGAAAUUCUCGGCAUCAAGGCUCAACUUGCCACCGAAUGGUCCAAGCUUCGCGGGAAGGGCAACCAGAUGGCUCUCUCCGAGUUCAUGGCCAUCCUUCAGAGCUGGGAUGGCUACGGCUGCACCAUCUUUGAUGUUGAGAACCCCGUCAAAGAAAAGAACAUUCCAAAGAAUUUGUGGUUGGCCGUCGGCAUCAAGGGCGUUGCCUUGUACAAGCCAGGCACUCGCGAGUGCGUUGCUUCGUACGGCUACGAGACCAUUCUCUCGUUCGGAGCGCCCGUUGCCAACACGUACAAGAUUGUCAUUGAUGGCCAAGGCACCGUCACCUUUGAGACCACCAAGGUCUUGGAAAUUGCAAAGUUGAUGAAGGCUUACAUCAACGAGCUUGUUCGUCGCCGUCGAGCAGGGCUGUUUUAAAUAGUUUGUUUGGGCUUACCGCCUGGUAUGAAGUUCUAAAGAUGUUCCCCUUUGUGUUGUUGUUUGAAUGUUUGAUGUUACUUGUCCCUUUGCAUGCCCCCCCCCGCAAUCUCAAUAAAAAGCACAGCGGUUGAAAAAUCAAAGA